AAAAGACUUGUUCGCACUGUUAUUUAAUUAUUUUAUUUUUGCUAUCCAAGGUGAUCUACAUUCUGUUUUGAAUGUUCAGCAAAGAAAAUGGGUCCAAGAUAUUACUAACUUACGCGUUAGUUAAAGAUAACUGACCCAUGGCACCUGGUAACACUGAGAUAAACAAUCCCAAAUUCCCAAACGCCCGCAACUCGCGCUUCCAACUAUAACCGCUAUUCUAAAUUGCCUAUAAAUAUACGCAUAUAUAUUUUGGAUUCUCACCCGGAUAGCAAUUUAAUCAAGUUGAGUUGAAGGCGCAAGCUGGAGAUUUGAAGUGCAAUAACUUGUUUAUGUUUACAUAAGAAGGCAGCCGAGGCAGCGCAGCAACAACAACAACGAACAGAAUGACGAACACGCUAGAAGAAGGAAUCCUAGUGGGUUGUGGCAAUCCACUUCUGGACAUCUCCGCCGUUGUUCCUUUGGAGUUCCUGCAGAAGUACUCCAUGAACGAAGACGAUGCGAUUCUGGCUGAGGAACGACACAUGCCCAUUUAUGGUGAGCUCGUCGAAGGUUACCAGGCGGAAUUCCUGGCUGGUGGAUCCGUGCAGAAUUCGUUGAGGAUCGCCCAGUGGAUCCUGCGGCAACCUAGGGUAGCAGUCUUCUUUGGUUGUGUUGGAGAGGAUAGGUAUGCCGAAAUCUUAAAGGAGAAGGCUCAAUCCGCUGGUCUGGAUGUCCACUAUCAGGUGAAAAAGGAUGUGCCCACGGGUACCUGUGCCGUCCUGAUCACCGGCACUCACCGAUCACUCUGCGCUAAUCUGGCGGCUGCAAACCACUUUACCAUCGAUCACUUGGAAGAGCCCAGCAACAAGGCUGUGGUGGACAACGCCCUAUACUACUACAUUUCGGGCUUCUUCCUCACCGUGAACCCACCGAGCAUCAUGCAGGUGGCGGCCACCGCCCUUGCCAAGCAGCGACCGUUCCUAAUGAACCUCAGCGCACCAUUCAUAUCGCAAUUCUACAUGGAACCGCUGUUGGCCGUGAUGCCCUAUGUGGACAUAAUUUUCGGCAACGAGGCGGAGGCACAAGCCUUCGCCGAGGCCCAGAAUUGGCCAAGUGGGGAUCUUCGUGAGAUUGGCAAGCGUCUGGUGGCGAUGGGCAAAUUAAAUACGACGCGGCCGCGCAUUGCUAUCCUCACGCAGGGCUGUGAUCCUGUCCUGCUUAUCCAACAGGACUCGGUACAGGAGUUCCCGGUCACGAUAUUGGCGGAACAUGAGAUUGUUGAUACCAAUGGCGCUGGGGAUGCAUUCGUUGGAGGUUUUCUGUCGCAGUUUGUGCAAGGCAAGUCGCUAGAUGUCUGCAUUCGGUGUGGUAACUAUGCAGCCGGGCACAUUAUCAAGAAUCCUGGAUGUACAUACUCCGGCGAACCAGAGUUUGUCGAGUAAACCCGGAUACGGAAGCUACAUAAACCUUACACACAUCGAUGACCGAGAAAGGAGGCCGGCAAAGCGCAGCAAGAUUUGCAAUUGUUAAUUAAGUAAAUGAGAGUGACUAAGACAUUUUGUUAACACUGAUAAUUGUUUGUACAUAUAACCCACACACACAGACACAUACAAAAGCAUACACAUGUGGAAUGACAUGAACAAAUAGCGAGAGUGAGGCUUGUGUCUUAUAGAUAGAGCAAUAUUCGAAUUUAAAUUGAUAAUAAAACAAAAGUGACACACACGAGCGAAACACAAAAGUCAACAGUUUGCACAACUUCAAA